AUGGUCCGAAAUCUCGUCGUCAUCGGAGGCACAUCCCACCCGCAACUGACUCAGAGCAUUUGCGGUGUGCUUGGCAUUCCUCCGGCGGAAGUUCUUCUUUCCAAAUUUGCGGUCGGUGAGACUCGAGUUGAAAUCCAGGAAUCUGUCCGUGAGAAGGAUGUCUACAUCAUUCAGUCUGGCGGUGGUAAGGUCAAUGAUCACCUCCUCGAGCUCUUGAUCACAAUCUCCGCUUGCAAGACAGCCUCGGCACGCCGAGUCACCGCCGUUCUGCCGCUGUUCCCUUAUUCCCGCCAAAGUGAUAUUCCUUACGAUAAGGCUGGAGCUCCGCUAGUCAAGUCUUCUGUUCGCGACCGCCCUAACAAUGGCUACACUUUUGAGAGUACCCCUCCGACACCCGGCCCAGGCAUGAAGACUGAGGGUCUUGGCCUGCAGGGUGGUAUGGAUAGCUUGCAGAAGAGUCUGGCCAAAGCUCAAAUCGAGGAAAGCAAUGGCAGCCCGGUCAAACGGCGCACACCCAACGGACUCACUCGGAGCGAAACGGCAGAGUCCAUCAAGUCUCUGGCUGCCAGCGGUGGGGUUGAAGAACCCUCGAGCAACUCCUCCAAAAUCAACGCCUUCCAGCCCCGACCAGGAUACAAGCAAUGGGUUGCGCAAGCAGGCACCCUGGUGGCCGAUCUGCUCACUUGCGCCGGUGCCGAUCACAUCAUCACCAUGGAUCUGCAUGACCCACAGUACCAGGGCUUCUUCGAUAUUCCCGUGGAUAACCUGUAUGGUCGUCCGUUGCUUAAGAGCUAUAUCCAGCGCAAUAUUCCAGCCUACAAGCAAGCCGUGGUGGUCAGCCCCGACGCAGGUGGUGCUAAGCGUGCGACAGCCAUUGCUGACUCCAUGGGCAUGGAGUUUGCUCUCAUUCACAAGGAGCGCCGCCCAACCAAAAUCACAGACCGACAAAAUGCCACCAUGAUGCUUGUUGGUGAUGUUCGCGAUCGUACAGCCAUCCUUAUUGAUGAUCUCGCAGACACCUCCAACACCAUCACGCGGGCAGCAAAACUUCUCAAGAAAGAAGGUGCCUCCAAGGUGUACGCUUUGGUCACUCACGGUAUUCUGAGCGGUGACGCGAUUGACCGCAUCAAUGCAAGCUCUCUCGAUAAGGUGGUCGUGACCAACAGUGUGGAUCAGACGGAUCAUCUUCGUCGCUGCCCUAAGUUGGAGGUCCUUGAGGUCGGCCAUGUGUUCGCGGAGGUAAGACCUGACAGCCCAAAAACAUUCCCGGGUCGCUCAUCUACAUUUGCUGACCCUUGUGAAAUUUUCAGGCCAUUCGCCGAGUUCACCAUGGUGAAUCCAUCAGCGUUCUGUUUCAGUACGACUGAACUCGCUCACCCUCGCUUUGCCGGAACAGGCACGGGCUUCUCUGCAGAUGAAAACAAAUAUACCGGCUUUGUGUCCAUAUGA